AUGGCGGCUCGUACCUCGGGUUUUGUCUGGUUGACUGCAGUUUUUCUGCGUUUCUUUUGGGUUUGCCUUCCACAAACAGGCUACAUCCACCCAGACGAGUUUUUUCAAGGACCAGAGAUCACUGCUGGGGAUUUAUUUGAAUUUAAACACACAAGAACGUGGGAAUUCCAGGAGGAAUUUCCUGUCAGAUCUGCGGCUUUCCCAUACGCUUUCACAGGCUUACCGUUGUAUAUCUUGAGGACCUUUUUGGGUGUAGAAGCUAUCAGUUCAAAAGCUCUUGUUGUGGCUCCAAGACUAUUUAUUUGUGGUGCUUCAUUGAUUAUUGAUCUGUCAGUUUAUGUAAUUUGUCGAAAUCUUCGAACAGACCCAGCACCGUCCUUAUGUCUUCUUGGAACUUCCUUCGUAACCCUUGUGUUUUAUACGCGAACGUUUUCCAAUACAGCUGAAGCCAUAUUAUUCGCUUUUCUCCUCCUUUUAGUUGUGCUCUCCUUGACGAAAAGAAGUGCUUUACACUCAAGAAAGGACCAGGCACGAUACCUCUUGAUAGGGGCCAUCGUAGGUGCAGGGAUUUGGAUCCGUCCCACCUUUCUGGCCUUUGCUUGUGUUCCUAUGUUUUGGUGCCUGCUAGAUGCUUGUUUACUCAGAUGGUCCAUCGACAAAAUGAUUACAAAAUUUGUAACAAAUAUUAUGAAAUACUGCAUUUGGUUGGGUCUUGGUGGAGCUCUGACAAUUGUUAGUUUGAUUAUAUUAGACUCUUAUUACUUCGGGUAUUUGCAGAUAAGAAAAUUUGUUUUGACUCCUGUAAACUUUUUCUUGUACAACAUGGACACCAGCUCACUGGAAGAACAUGGUCUCCAUCCAAGGAUUACACAUUUUGCAGUUAACAUGCUACUUUUGUUUGGACCGCUAACUUUAGUUUUGUAUAUAUACACUGUCUAUGCCAUGAUGGGAAGAAAAUUUUUUGCACCUAUAACAACUUUGGAAAGCACAAAUGAUCAAAAGGACAAUACUAGCUAUGAUUUAAAAGCUUAUUUCAUUUUAAGGAUGCUUUUUUGUAGUAUUUUAGUUCCUGUGGUGUUGCUGUCGUUAAUACCACAUCAAGAGGCGCGAUUUAUCACCCCAGUUCUCAUUCCACUUGUAGUUGUUUUUUCUCAAAGCUUCUUUUCUUCAUCUUUUACACACUUGUUGCUGUUAUCAUGGUUUAUCUGGAACAUACUUGGCUGUAUGAUGUUUGGAAUAUUGCAUCAAGGGGGUGUCUACCCAUGUCUGGAACAUCUCCAAAGACAUCUUCACCUCACACGGAUUAAUACUUUGAGCACAUCAAUUCAUAUAACUUUUUACCACACCUAUAUGCCACCCCAACAUCUUUUAGCAUGGCCCAAGUUGGCUUAUAGUUCCCACAAAGGGAUGUAUCACAACCUGGCAUUGUAUGACUUAAAAGGUGCUUCACAAUAUGAACUAAACAAUCAUUUGACGGUGAUUUUGGAGAAAACUGAGGCUCGUGGAAUGAAGAAAGAGGUUUUCUUGGUGUGUCCAUCAACGGUAAAGUUCCAUGACCCCCAGUUUAAGUUGAUAAAGCAGUUUUAUCCCCAUCUAAGCAUGGAAGACCCCCCUGACUUGAACAGUUUGUUUAACCCAGCUCAGAUGAAAUCUGUUACCUGUUCAAGCAGUCAUCAGGGGGAUAAAUACCAAGAUACAGGGUUUAUGGAGAGCACCUGUCAAAAAGAUAACAAAGAGAAAGACAGAACUUGGUGGAAAUUCUUCACUUGGCAAGAUCUCAACAGGUGGACUACAUCAGAGCUUUCGUUAAAUCUCUACAGAUACAAGAUGCACUAGAAACUGCCUAAAAUAUACCUCUACAGCAUACAGUGGCCCACAAACAAAGAGAAGUGAUCAGGCAGUUUUUUCAAAAGGUGUUACUUAAUGUAAGUUGUGUGUGGGGAAAUGUUUGUCAAAGAAAGCAGUUAUGGACUUGGAAUUUAAUCAUGCAAUCCUGUCUCCUUGAAGUAGUGAAAGAAAAAAGAAAGCAAUUGAAAAGAAAACCAGCAAACAAACAUAAAUUAAGAAAUUGACAAACAAACAAAAUUCUGGCACCUUGUUAUUAUCUAAAAGCCAGACCUCAGAGUAACUUCCCACCAACUUUAUUGUGGUAAAAUCCAUCCUGGAGUAGAGAUGUACAGUGUAAACUAGAGAAUUGUUAAAGCAACCCAAACAGAUGUUUGAACUUUUCAACUAAGAAGACAAUUAUUUACAUGUGUUGUUUAAGGCCAUUUAUGGUUAGGUAUACAGUCAAAUAUGCAUGCCUACACAUACAUGUAAUUAUGCCAUUCAGAUUAAAACUCCCUGCCUUUACAUAAUCAUUCAAUCAAUAAUCUAAUCAAUCUUCUUAUUAUAUCAUCCACAUGUUAUUUGACUGAUUAAUUAAUCAUUUAAUUAUUUGCUCAAUCAUUCUUUGAACCAUUCAAUCAAUGAAUCAAUUAAUCAUUCAAUUAUAUUAUCCAUAAUUUUUUCAAUCUGUUAAUCAAUCAGACAAUCAUUCAGCCCACAUUUAUUUGUUCUCUGACGUUUGUUACAACAAUGGUGCAGUUAUUUUAAUUAUUUUCUUUGUCUAGCAUAAGUUCUUUGCAAACUCCUCUGUAUUUCCUGGAGAGAACGUCUGUAACCUGUAUUGACAGGGUUUGUACAGGUCCUGGAAAAACUAUUUAACCCUUAAGCCCCUGAGAGUGAUUUGCAUCUAAUUUUUCUGUACUUUGUCACUACUUAAUAAUGACCACUUACUCAAGAAGCUCUUUUUUUAAAAAAAAAAGGUUAUCCCUGUGAAUUCGGUAAGAAAUGUAUAGAGAACAGUGUGGAGAAUUUGUAUACUGAUGCUGAGGAUAUAAUGGGUUAUGUCCUGGGAUUUUGUACAGGAAUUUUCCAGCACCAGAAAACCCCAGAAAAAUAUCCCUGAUUAGUCCUUUAGAGUCUUGAAAACCUGGGUGAUAUGUCAUAUGUUGUACACUGUCUGUUUUCCUUUAUUCGCAUCACAAGCCAUUGAGAUAUUUCAGGUAGAAAUUUGGUUUACUUAGAGGGAAAGGGUUAAUGUUAAUCUUCGAGUCCUGGAAAAUUCCUGGAAAAGUGUUUCAGUCUGAAAAAGUGCGUAAGCCCUGCUUUGAGUGUUACCUAACAAACAGAACAAAAAUAAACUUACUACAUUAUCAUG